AUAAAAAAAGAAAAUCUAAAAAAAAUUGGAACAAGUCAUCGUCGUCUUCAUUCAUCCUCGUCGACUGGCCGAUGAUUUCAGUUUCAAGUCGCUUUUGACUCUUUUUGUUUUACACGGUGCAAACCGCUUAAAUCUCGUGUUAGUUUCUGCGUGACAUAGACCUACUCAUUAUAGAUUCUCCCAGAGACAAGAUAUUGCUUUCCCGUCUACGCCUCGUCGUCAGCGCAGAUCAUUCUCCUAAUAUUGAAUCCUAAUCGGCGAGGCUCUGGGGCUCAUCAUAUCUCCUUUCUUCGAUUCCUUCUCAGGGCGUCUGGUGAUCUGUGUGUCUAAUUCGUUUUACUGCUCUCCUCUCUCUCUUUGGCUUUGGAUGUGCAAUGCAAACUCUUCUGGCUAGAAGAAGAGUUUCUCACAAGAGUUUUAAUGGGAUGAAGACGAGCUUCUACAAAGUCUCUCUCUCUCUUGUUUUCCUCCUUUGGCUACUCCUCUUCCUCUCCUCCUUGUUGAUCAGCCUUGGAGAUGGUGCUAAAGAUGCGCCUUUGGUUCACUCUGUUGGAAUAUCUGAUCCUGAUGAGACUGCUGUGCCUUUUGAUGCGCUGCCACUAGUAGAGCCUGAGGGAAGUGAAGACCAAGAAAAGUCGGUGAAGCAAGAAGAUACCAAUAGCAUAGUUUCAGGGAAAGAUACAGAAAGCAAAGACAAAGAUGAUUUUUCGAAUCAAAGUGAGACAAUCAAGACAGAUACCAAAGGGAGUGAUGCAGAAAGCAAAGUCACUGACUUUUCGAAGCAAAGUGAGAUGAACAAGACUGGUUUAUGGAAUGAUGCAGAGAGCAAAGACAUUGAGUUAUUGAAGCAAAGUCAAACGAACAAGACAUGCACAGGGAAUGAUACAGAAGACACCAAAGGCAAUGAGUUUUUUAAGCAAAUUCAAACAAACAAGACAGGCACCGGGAAUGAUACAGAAAACAAAGACAAUGAUAUUUUGAAGCAAAAUCAGAAGAUGAACAAAACACAUCCAGUGAAUGGUACAGAAGAGAUCAAUGCUUCAAAGCCUGAUCAACUCUCUCGUGCUGUUCCGCUUGGCCUUGAUGAGUUCAAGAGCAGAGCUUCUCACACUAGAAACAAAUCGUUAUCAAGUCAGAUCAGCGGUGUGACUCACAGGAUGGAGCCUGGAGGGAAAGAGUACAACUAUGCAUCUGCUUCAAAAGGCGCAAAGGUUCUGUCUUCUAACAAGGAAGCAAAAGGAGCUGCAAGCAUUCUAAGCCGGGACAACGACAAGUACCUCAGGAACCCGUGUUCUGCUGAAGGUAAAUACGUUGUCAUAGAGCUUUCAGAAGAAACGUUGGUCAAUACCAUCAAGAUCGCCAACUUUGAGCAUUACUCGUCCAAUCUGAAAGAGUUUGAGCUUCAAGGCACCUUGGUUUAUCCAACUGAUACAUGGGUUCACAUGGGUAACUUCACAGCUGCAAACGUGAAGCAAGAGCAGAACUUCACACUCGUGGAGCCAAAGUGGGUCAGAUACUUGAAGCUAAGACUUCUUAGUCAUUAUGGCUCAGAGUUCUACUGCACCUUGAGUUUAGUCGAAGUCUAUGGAGUGGAUGCCGUAGAACGGAUGCUGGAGGAUUUGAUAGCUGUGGAAGACAACAAAAAUACAUUCAACACCCGAGAGGGAGAUUCUGAGCAGAAGGAGAAGCCAAUAAAGCAGCAAGCAGAGUCCUCUGAAGGAGUUGAUGGUUCCACAGAGAGAGAAAAGGAACUUGAAACCUCACCAGAGAAUACGGUAGCAAAAGCUGAAGCAUCAAUGGCUAGUAAUAAGAUCACAGAGCCAGUGGAAGAGGUAAGGCGUCAUCAGCCAGGAAGCAGAAUGCCAGGAGACACAGUGCUGAAGAUACUGAUGCAGAAGUUAAGGUCAUUAGACGUGAACCUAUCAGUUCUAGAGAGAUACUUAGAGGAACUAAACACAAGAUACGGGAACAUAUUCAAGGAGAUGGACCACGAAACCGAGGCGAGAGAAAAAGUGAUUGAGACUUUGAGACUUGACGUGGAAGGUAUGAAGGAGAGACAAGAGAGAAUGGUGAGUGAAGCAGAGGAGAUGAAAGAGUGGCGAAAGAGAGUAGAGAGAGAGAUGGAGAGAGCUGAGAAAGAGAAUGAAAAGGUGAGCAAGAGGGUUGAAGAAGUUUGGCAAAGAGUGGAGUGGAUGGAGAAGAAAGGUUUGAUAGUGUUCACCUUGUGUAUAGGUUUUGGGACUAUGGCGGUUAUUGCAGUUUUGGUCGGUAUAGGGACAGGACGAGCAGAGAAGACAGGUGGUGGGGGUUGGAUCUUGUUAUUGAUUUGCUCAACAUUCAUUAUGUUCGUUUUGUCUCUUUGAUGAUAAGAGUUUUGGUCUUUUUCUUUUUUUUUCCUUUACACUGUAGAGCCAUGUUACUGAUUUAAAUUAAGUUCGAUUUAACCGGAUA